CCGGGCCCUCACAUCCUGAGCCGGACGGGUCACCUGACCGCCAGCGACGUCCAAUGGCAAACGGUGAAGAGGUUCGUGUGGCUGGCGCAGCGUUUCGGGCUGCCGCUGUUCCUCGCCGACCCCGCCGCCCUCACGCUGCUCUCCCAGGAUGCUUUGCUGCAGCGGGACCGACAGGUCCACCAACCACACUGCAGCUUCCUGUGCUCCGGCCGGCCAAUCACAGCCUUCGCUCUGCACGCCAACCAAUGGAAAUACGACCCUGGCUUCCUAUUGGCUGCUGAGCAGAAAGGUUUUGACUUCCUGGAGGUGCGAGGAGAAGACCCGCGAUUGGCCAGCCUGGACACCCUAUCAGGAGAGGAGAUCCCGCUGCAUCUGCUGCUCCGUCUCCAUGGUUACAUCAUUCAGGUGGUGUUCCUGUACGAGCGCAGUGGGAACUACCUGUGGCACGGGCCGCUGCGUCCCCGGGCCGACAUGGACCGCAGCUUCGCUCCGUUUAGACUGCUCGACUACGGCCGCCACGCCGGCGCCUACAACAGGCCGGAGCUGCUCCUGACGGUGCUCGAUGGCCUCGACGUCCGAAUCCCGCGCAACAUUUCCCGCUUCCUGUCCGAGCAGCGACACGCCCGCUUCCUGGAGUGCCGUUACCGUGACGCCCGCAACUUCCUGCAGCUCUACCCUGAUGACUCUUCUCCAGAUUCGUUGAUAUUUCGACAUAAAGUGAAGUCUCUUCUUCAUCUGGCGUCUCGGACUCUCUCUCAGCUCGAUGUCCCGUUCUGGAUCAGCAGCGGCACCUGUCUGGGCUGGUUCAGGCAGUGCAGUGUCAUCUCGUACAGUCGGGACGUGGACAUCGGGGUUUUCAUCGUGGACUUCAGGUCUGACAUCAUCGCAGCGUUCAGGAACGCCGGCCUGUCACUCAAACACAAGUUUGGAAAGCUGGAGGACAGUCUGGAGCUUUCCUUUCUGAGCGACGACGUCAAACUGGACAUUUUCUUUUUCUACGAGGACGGAGACGUCGUCUGGAACGGAGGGACGCAGGCCAAGAGCGGCAGGAAGUUCAAGUACGUGUUCCCUCGGUUCUCGCUGUGCUGGACCGAACUCCUCGAGCUGAAGGUUCGGGUCCCGUGUGAAACGCUCGACUACGUGACGGCCAACUACGGCUCCUCCUGGAGCGUCCCGGUCAGGGUUUGGGACUGGAAGUCGUCGCCUAGCAACGUGCAGGAAAACGGGGUGUGGCCUCCUGCGGAGUGGGAGGAGCUUAUUCAAGUUUACUGAAAAUAAAAAAUAAAGAAAAGAGAAAGAAACCAAA